AUGAAGAGCUCUCCGUCCUGUGAGUCAGUAACAGUCCUCUACUCCCUCAGGCUGCACAGACUUGGACUACACUACAGAGCGAUGCAGAUAAACGAACACACACACACACACACACACACACACACACACACACACACACACACACACACACACACACACACACACACACACACACACACAGUGAGCCAGGGAGAGCGAUAGAGGGAGAGAGAGAAGGAGAGAGGACACAGAGUGUGAGCAGAGCAGCGUUUCUCUGUGAUGCAGCAGCUCUGAAGCUCCGACACUCCAGAGGUAAGAAUUAAAGAAACAUACAAGCUCUGUGUGCGGGUCUGCAUCUGUGUGUUUGUGUAUAUCUUUGUGUCUAUGUUAGUGUUAGUCAGUAUGUUCCUGUAUAUAUCUGUGUGUUUGUGUGUCUGUAAUUGAGUGAGUGUGUGUGUGUAUGUGUGUGUGUGGGAGCAAAGUAAUGAAUCUCUACCCCGGGCUGCAGGACAGUGUUGUUAGCUGCAGGUUUUGUCCCUGUGUGGGAACGAGUCUGUGUAACACAUCUGUGUAUGUGUGUUUGAUACAUGUAUGUAGUUCAUACAUGACAUUGAUAGAGUGCAGCAUGUUAUGUGUGUGUGUGUGUGCGUGUGUGACUAUAAAAGCUUCCUCUAGCUGUGUCAUCGUAUCGCCGCAGUCCACCCCCCCAUCCCAGGACUUUCUCUCUCACAGAGUCUGCAUGCUGAGCUGAUGGAGUGUGCGUGUGUGUGUGUGUGUGUUUGUGCAUGUGUUUGUGCAUGUGUGUGACCUUAUGUUUCAUCAUAUGUUCUCUGACUGCUCUCUCUGAGUUUUGUAAAGAUGAGGACCAAACUAAAAUACGAACCAGCUGUUUGUCUGGAAAUAAAUCAGCAGGGUCCAGGGAACAGUAUGUUUUUUUUCUGAGAAAACAUUAACACAAGCAUCACUCAGUUUUAGCUGAGAGUAAGCUAAAUGCCAAACUCAAAAAAUUAAAAAGCAAUUAACAUAUCCUUGAGAGGAAAGUCUGUCUACCCAAUAAAAAUGAACAAAUAUCAACAAUUAGGACCAAACUUAGAUGAUAUGCUCAUCAUAAAUACAGAAAGAUCUUUAAGUAGUCUGAGUCUAGAACAGUCAAAUGUGUGUUUGGCAGAUUAUUUCAUUGUUGUGACAAUGCCUUUUGACAAUAAAUGGGGAGUUGCCUUCUCGAGGUGGCCACUUCAUGGCCUGUCUCUGACAUCCCCCUUAUAAGGAAUUCUGCCUUCAAUUUGGAAAUAAUGCUUCAACUUGUUUUUGUGGAACACCAGUUUAAAGUUGCCCAAUUACAGGGCUGUAUUAAUCAAGCGUGGCCUGCCAAUUCUUGGAGCAGACGUCCACUGACCACUGUUGCACUGCACAUGCUCACAGGUGCUGAACUAGAAGCCCAAAACAAGAGUCAAUAGCAACAGUAAAUGAGCUGUUUAGCAUCGGCAGAGAAGACGUGGCAUAUUUUUUAUGGGUAUAACCAUAGACUUUAUAGAAUGGACGCCGUCUGCCUCCUCGUUGGGUGAAAACAGCAAGAACAGCACCCUCUGGUGACAGGCUGCAGUAUAGGUCAUAAAUCCCGCCUACUCCAGCAAUCCCUAUGGAUUAAAAAAAUAUAUAUAUUACACAGAACAUAAUUUUUUCUCCCCUCUGCUUGUGAUGUUGACAUGGGGUUACUGUAAGACUGGUUUGUGCUCGAGUAAUUUUUCUCUGUAGCUCCAUUUUUAAAAGUUAUUAGGAGCUUCAUGUUUUCUGUGGUUGACACUUGAUACAGCCUAUGGGCGUAUGAAGAUUGGGUAGCUCACCUUGGGGAUACACUGUUUGAGCUGAGCGUCAUCACAGCGACUCUCUGCGACUCUCCCGCCGAAUGCGUACAACGUUACGGCACAAGUGGUGUAUCCAGGAAGUGGAGAAAAUCCCGGAAAUACUGAGAGCAAUUCGGCUUCAAAAUCAUAUAAUGACGGAAGGAGGAACCGAGUUGUCCAAAGUAUAUACAGUCUAUGGGUACAACCCACAUUGUUUAAAACAAACAAACAACCAAAAAUAUCUAUCAAACACACAUUUCCUCACUUUUUGUGCUAAGUAAAAAUAAAUGUAUACACACGCAUAUAAUAUACUCAUUUUUUAUUGUUUUUUUUCAGGAGGCACCAUGGCUCCUGGGUUGCGGCCCAUCUUGCUGCUGUUUCUGUUACUGUCUUUUUGUUUUGUGACUUUGGCUAAAGAAGGAAAAUCCACAAAGAAAGGAAAGAAAGGAAAACAGGUCGUCUGUCCAUCGUAAGUCAAUACAUCAAAAUCUUUCUAUCUUUCAUGUGCAUCUUAAUAAAGUUGGUUAUUAUGGAAUUUGUUUUUUAGUGCAUAGAUCUAAUCUUGGAUGUAUUUUUUUCUAAUAAUAACCAAAAAUGUUAUGCCUGUGUUUGACAUUCAAACCCACAGACAGCUGUCUCCUGAAGAUCUUGCACAGGUUCCUGCAAACUCCACCUCCAACAUCCUAAACCGCCUGAUGGUCAGCUAUGACCCCCGAAUAAGACCAAACUUCCAAGGUUAGACAUAAAAAUACAAAACUCAAAGAAGUGUGGGAAAACACAUAGAAAACACAAAUAAACCAAGAAUAUGACACAGUUUACAGGCCACAAAGGGGUACAGACAAAAAAAACAUGAAAGAAAAGACCAUUAACACAUACUAGGCUAUCAGUAAACACACAGACAUAUAUUACAAACACAACACUGAGCUAUAGGCUAAAAUGAUGAUGGUAAUAAUGGUGAUGAUGAUGGUGAUAAUCGUCAUGAUGGUGAUGAUGGACACGGUGUUGAUGAUGAUGAUGGGGGAUGAAGAUGAAACACGAAGAGAACAGAAACAUGAGGAGUGUGUGUGCUUCAUUUAAUCUGAAGCUCCAAGCCACAACCAUCCAGAUGUCCACACACACACACACACACACACACACACACACACACACACACACACACACACACACACACACACACACACACACACAUAUGCAUGCAUGCACAGAGAUAAAUUUGGAUUUACUGUUAUUUUCACUUGUUUGACAAAAUAAUUUAAAUUUGAAUCAAAUGAUGAAAAUUUGUGAAAACAAACACUGAAUGAUGUCUAACUUCAUCAAUUUUGGUGACUUAAAUACUCUUAAAAGUAGCCAAUUUUCUGAUGAAUAUUCUGACAUACAAUCUGACUGACAGUUUGAAAAAUUAAUAAUCUUGAUAGAACUAAGUUCUGAUGUGACUAAUAAUCUCUGUCUUUAACUGUUACCACAGUAACCUAGCAUAAUGACGCUACAAUUGCCAUCAGGCUGUUUUAAAGCAGCUUUGAAUAUUUUAAACACAGCAGUUCUGACUUAUAUAAACACACAGUGAGGCGCAUGAAAUUCUGUGAGAGGCCACUAGAGUCACAGUCUGCACAUAAAGGAAUGUAAACAGUAGAUGCUGUUAGGAAAUCCAGGGGAAAGCCUCAUUUGCAAAGGCAGGACAAGUAAAGGUGAGCCAAGAAGUCCUGGUACUGCUCAAAGCCCUGGAAUGCCACAAAAAGUCCUUGUAUGCAACUAAGUUCAGGUAGGCCAUGAAAAUCUUAGUAUACCACAAAAUAGGCUAUUGGUUUACCAGAAAAGUCCUGAUAUGCCACAAUAGUCCUAAUAUGCAGUAAAAACCAUCACGUGCCACAAGGGCUCCUAACACUGGAUCUUGGCACACAACAAAAAUCCUUGUUAGCAACAAAAGUCAAGGUAUAUUAUAAAGAGUCACUUUAAUACACAUAAAUCACAGAAAGCCACAAAAACUCCCUUUACUUACAAGGAGUCCAAAUAAAAGAGCCACAAAAUUCCUGGUAGGUCGGAAAUCUUGGUAUUCCACUUUUUGUGCCACAAAAGUCCCGAUAUGCCUCAAAAGGCCCAUGUUUACCACAGAGACUCCCUGUAUCCCACCAAGAGCCUGAGUUCUCUACAAAGACUCCUGGUAUGUCAAUAAGUCACCUGGUAUGCCAGAAAUCUUGGUAUUCCACAAAGGUCCCAGUAUGCAACAGAAGUUUACUAGCUUAUGCUUUAGAAGGAUCCCAGUAUGAUCCCAGUAUCCUGAUACGCCACAAAAUUCCUGGAACUAGAUAAAUGUUCUGUUAUGCCACAAAGAGUCAAAGUAUGCCACAAAAGUCAAAGAGGGCCACAAAAGUUCUGGUAUUCCACUAAGUGCCUUGGUAUGCCAGUAAUCUUGGUACAUCACUAAAGUUCUAGUUUACCACAAAGUCCUCAGAGAGCCACAAAUAGUUGUUGCAUGCCAAAGACGAAAAUUUGAAAUGCACACUGAAUAUUUGUGGAAUAUAAGACAGUUUUGUGGAUUUUAGAGACUCCGUAAAAUCUGGAUUUGUGCGAUACAAACAAACCUGUGUCUAUCAGAACGGGGUCUCAAACAUGUUGUCAUAAUAACAUGAUAAAGAGAUUGAGCAAAUUGGUAUGUCUAUUAAGUCUCUCUCAUGUCUAUUUGUGUGUGUCAGGUAUCCCAGUAGAGUCCAAAGUGAAUAUCUUCAUUAACAGCUUCGGGUCCAUCCAAGAGACAACUAUGGUGAGUGAUGAAGGAGAAACCUGUAAAAAACGUGGAGGUGUUUCAGGCAGCAGGUACAUUAACAGCUUUAUAUUAUGUACACCUAAAAGAGCUGUUUGUCUUUCACACCAUAAAAAGCUGUCAACAGCCAAGGGGGGUCUGCUUUCCAGAGACAAAUUGACACUGUUAUGAUAAAUCACUGAGCAUAAACUGAGAAGUAUGCCCCCAUGUGAAGGUCAUCAGGACUACAGUCUAAACCUCUGAGUCAGCACAGAGACACACUGUAUAUCAUCACAUACACAGGGAUACUCUAGGUAUAGAGCUGUGAUGAUAAUGUAAGGGUACAAAUGAGCAUCUUUGCCCUCCUUGUAGGACUAUAGGGUGAACAUCUUCCUCCGUCAGCGGUGGAACGACCCUCGUCUACGUCUGCCCACGGACUUUAAAAGUGAAGCUCUGACAGUAGAUCCAAACAUGUUCCAGUGUUUGUGGAAACCAGAUCUGUUCUUUGCCAACGAGAAAAAUGCCAACUUCCACGAUGUGACGCAGGAUAACAUCCUGCUCUUCAUUUUUAGGAAUGGAGAUGUGCUGAUCAGCAUGAGGUAAUGCUGCUCUUCAUCAUAAUUAUAUAAGACUACAAUACCAUUAUCCUCCUCUUCAUCACAUUAAAUCAACUACAAGGCCUAUAAUCCUCUUUUUCAUCAUGUUAAUAUCACUACUGACCCAGCGUACAUUAGCACACUGAAGCUAUUGUGCUAACAUGCUGCUCUGCUAACACACUCUCCCUCUUUUUCCCUCGCUCACUGUGUGUGUGUGUAUGUAUGUGUAUGUGUAUGUGUGUUGUGUAGGUUGUCGGUGACACUCUCCUGUCCACUGGAUCUUACUCUCUUCCCCAUGGACACACAGCUGUGUAAAAUGCAGCUGGAAAGCUGUGAGUACACACACACACACACACACACACACACACACACACACACACACACACACACACACACACACACACACACACACACACACACACACACACACACACACACACAAAUUCUGAAUACUUUACUGAAUCCACCCCCCUCCCCAGGGAUCGAUAGAGUAUUCUGAAUUUGAAACACACAGCUUCACACACAUAUACACACUGUAUAUGGUUUUAUGGUACACAGUGAAACAGCUGAUUGUAUUCUUACUCUGAGAUCUGUCUGAUUGCUGACUGAUGUCCAGAGAAUCCUGGUCAAUGUAACAGCAUGUAAAUUUUAUUUUUUUUAUUAAUUCCAGUGGUUUUUCUUAUUUUUAAAAAGCUGUUAUAUGAGUUAAAAUACAGUAUGUUAUAGUGUGACAGUGAGACAGAGUGACUUGGAGUCAGUUUAAACCAAUCAGUUCUGCAUUUAAAAUAACUUUAAUUAAACUCAACUAGAUGUACUUGACCAAACUAACCGUAGAUAACUUAACUCUGAACUAAGUUUAUUCAACUUAACUAACCCUAGUAAAUAAAACAAACUGUAUUUAAUGUAAUACUCUUCACAUCACUGGCUCUAAUGAAUUAAAGUAACUUUACUUAAUGUAACAUGCUACUUAUUUACUGUAUCCCACUACAGAGCUUUUAACCUAACCAGCUGUAUCAAACUGAGCCAACCAAAAUUAACUGAUUUAAUUGUAUUUCAGUAAUCCAGCUGUAUUAAACCUGACUAGCUGUAUUUAAACAGACAAUCUGAAUUCAUUCUCUAACUAUAUUUCACUUGGCUAACCGUAUUUAACUAACUGUAUCUCACUUAACUUAUUGACGUAUCUUAAUUCAGUUCAGGUUUCUCUGGACCGUCAGCUGAGCAACAGCCAACUACAGUGUGCAAAGAGGAACAAAAAGGGUGUGCUGGUGUUCAUGUAGCAGUCUGAUUAAAUUAUUAUAUCUAAAAAUUAAGUUGUAUCAAUUCAUUUAUUUGUUUGUUACAUGUUUAUAUAUUAGUAAUGAUAAAUAUAAAUUUGUAUUCUUAUGUCAUAAAGGAAUAUACAACCAGAGCCCCAGUGUGUGUAUGUGUCAGUCUGAUUUUAUGAGAAUGUUGUUUUUUAUAUUUGUUUUAUUAUUGGUUAUAAUGUUUUAUUGAUUAGAAUAUAAUAAUAAUAAUAAAAAUGAUGAUAAAUACAGUUUAUUAUUUUUGUUGUAGUUGGAUAUACGACCAGCGACCUGGUGUUCAUGUGGCAGUCUGAUCCGGUCCAGAUGGAUGAAAUCGCUCUGCCACAGUUUGAUAUCAAACAAGAAGACAUCAAAUACGGAAACUGCACCAAAUAUUACCAGGGGACAGGUACACGUUCAUAAUUAAUAGUUAUUAAUUAUUGUUUUUAUCUAUUGGUGAUUAAAAACAUCUCACUUUAUUUCAAAGUUCACAAAAACACAAAAGAUUAAAUAAAAAUCUAUGCAAAAGCAGUUAAAAUAUAUACUCUGCAUGAAAAUAAUAUACAUAAAAAAGACUUAAUACAUAAUAGAUUAAUUAUUAGAGAUAUUAGAGUAUUAUUAGUAAUCUGAAUUUUAAAAAUGUUUAUCAUGUUUACUUGUCAGUUAUUUAACUUAAAUAAAUUUAGUCAAACAAUAUAUGUAAUCUGGAUGAAUCAUAUUUAGACAGUAUAAAUUGCUUUCAAGAAAUCUGGUAAAACAAAAAAAAUAAUUUAGAAAUGAAUUAAGAAAUCAGUCAGUAUUUAGAUUUGAAUAAAAGAUUGAUGUAGAAAUAUUUGAACUACAAAAUCAUGUUUACAUGUCAGUUAUUUAUCCUUUGAGUAAAUGUAGUAAAAUAGUGAUACAAUAAUUUGAAUUGAAAUCACUUUAUUGAAAUAAUCUCAGAAUUUUGGGUCUCUUAGGUAAAGGUAGAUCAGACUGUUCAAUCAGUUUGAAACAAUCACGGGCUGUAUGUUUUCAGGUUAUUACACCUGUGUGGAGGUGAUCUUCACUUUGAGGCGACAGGUGGGCUUCUACAUGAUGGGUGUAUAUGCCCCCACUCUACUGAUCGUGGUCCUCUCCUGGUUAUCCUUCUGGAUCAAUCCGGAUGCCUCCGCCGCCAGAGUCCCGCUCGGUCAGAAACUUCUCAGAUGUUGAACUGAACUGUGGUUUUAUUUCAUGUUUGUGAAUAAAAAUAUGCUUUUAAUUCAUCAUGCUUUUAGAGAGAUCCAUCCAUCAAACUAACCUGUUAAACAUAUUAGGUAAAGAUGUGAUGUCAGCUCUACCAGCCAGGUAUUUCCUGAGUGUGUCACAACUUCACCUGCUCAGGUGUCGAUACCUACGAUUGAAGGUGUUUUUUUUGUUUUUGUUUCAGGGCUUGUGGUGGGAGGAUGACAUGACAUGAGAUGACAGUUGACAAUGUUAUUUCUUCAUCCCCAACCUCAUCCUUCUUCACGACCUCCUCUCUUUCCUGCAUGGAUGGAGGAGGUUUAAUCUGAUUGGCCACCCUGUCAAUCUGAACCGUCACCCCCACCCCCACUGCUCAUCUUCAUCAUCAUCAUCAUGUUAGAGGCUGAAGCUUUUUGUACGAAUGACCCUAGUGGUCCACCUGUCCGUAUGUCUUUAUAUCAGUGUGUUCUCCUGUCCUGCAGGUAUCCUGUCUGUCCUGUCCCUGUCCAGUGAGAGCAUGUCGCUGGCAUCUGAGCUUCCUAAAGUCUCCUAUGUGAAGGCCAUUGACAUCUGGCUUAUCGCCUGUUUACUGUUUGGCUUUUCCUCAUUGGUAGAGUACGCUGUGGUCCAGGUCAGACACACACACACACACACACACACACACACACACACACACACACACACACACACACACACACACACACACACACACACACACACACACAGAGUACCUGCCAGCCAGUAGAGGGUGAUAUUUGUUUCAGUUUUCCCUUUACCCUGAUUUUAGUGCUAAUAGCACCCCCUGUCUGAACCAAGGAGAGCUUUUCAUCACUAAUGAAAGUUGUCCUGCAGCUCUUCCUUUGCAUUCGGCAGUUACUGUUUGAAAAUGUCUGUUCGCUUUAUUUUUACUUAAAAUCAGCUGCUUAACCACGUAGUGGCACAGCUGAAAAACAUAAUGUACCCACAUGAAGAUCUUCAAAACAGCAGAGAACAAAAACAGGUGGAUAAAGACAAUCAGACUGUUUCAUUUGUUUUAGAGUUUUUUACUGGCUCCUCUCAGAUAUUUCAGUGUUCAGUAUUUUAGUUCGCCUUUUUUCCGCCUGCUUUAUUUAGAGGAGCCUGUUGUGUUGGUCUUCCUUAUUUUUAGUUGUUCGUCCCUUUGAUCGUCAUUGUGAUUUUAGAACCCUGAGGUCGGCACUCCCCCUCACCCUGACAGAACAGUUCUCUAUUAAACAGGUCAACUGUAAACAGCCUCUCAGAGAUCAGCUGGUCUGGGUGAUGAACCAGUGAUAGCGUAUUCACACCAUCUCUGAUCUUCUGUCUCUUUGUCUCUGUCUUUUUGUCUCUCUAGCUUUUUGUCUUUUGGUCUCUAUCUCAUUGUCUCUCUCUCUCUAUCGCCAUCUCUUUGUUUUUUGACUCUGUCUGAUUGCUUCUUUGUCUUUUUGUCUCUCAAGCUCUAUCAGCUUGUCUCUUUGUCUCUUCUUUUCUCUGUCUUUUUGUCACUCUGUAUCUUUCUCUCUCUAUCUCUCUGUGUCUUUGUCUUUUAACUUGUUGUCCUUUCUCUUUGUUUUUUGUCUUUGUCCCAUUGUAUUUUUGUCCUAUUGUCUUUUUGUCCCAUUGCCUUUUUGUCUCAGUCUUUUUGUUUUUUUUUGUGUCUUUGUGUUUCUGCCACCAUGUCUCUUUGUCUUUUGUCACUAUGUCUCUUUGUCUUUUGUCUCAAUGUGUCAUUAUCUUAUGUCUCUACGUCUCUCUGUCUCUUUACCUCCUUGUCUUUUUGUCUCUCUAGCUUUUUGUCUUUUGGUUUCCAUCUCAUUGCGUGUCUCUCUCUAUUGCCAUCUCUUUGUUUUUUUGUCUCUGUGUUUGUUUCUUUGUCUUUUUGUCUCUCUAUCAAUGUCUGCUUGUCUCUUUGCCUCUUCUUUUCUUUGUCUUUUCAUCUCUCUGUAUCUUUCUUUCUCAGUCUCUCUGUGUAUUUGUCUUUUUUCUUUUUCUUUUUGUCCAAUUGUCUUUUUGUUUUUUGUGUCUUUGUGUUUCUGUCACUACGUCUCUUUGUCUUUUGUCUCAGUGUCUCAUUGUCUUAUGUCCCUUUGUCUUUUGUCUCAAUGUCUCAUUGUCUUAUGUCCCUUUGUCUUUUGUCUCAAUGUCUCAUUGUCUUAUGUCUCUAUGUCUCUUCGUCUUUUGUCACUAUGUCUCUUUGUCUCUUUGUCUCCCCCUCCAGGUGAUUUUGAACAGCCCCAAACUCAUCGAGGAAGAAAAGGCUAAGAUGGCGCAGAAGGAACAGGCUUUGAAAGAGAAGGAAGGAAAGAAACCGUCUAAUAAUAAAAGUAACAACACUGUGAACGGGACAGGAGGAACACCUAUACAUGUCAACACUCUGCAGGUAAACACACCUGGUCUGUAGCCCUGUCAAUCACAGCAUUUACAAUGUUAACCACACUAAAACAAGUUUCAGCAGCUUAUAGAACUGAAAAAGUUUGAUGGAAUUUUAAAUGAUGACUUUUAAAAGGAUUAAAACACCUUUGAACAUUGUAGUUAUAAAAUUGGCUGAUAAAAAGUCUUACAGAGGUUAUUAUUUUGAUGUCAAACAUUGAAGUCUGCAUGUCUCCCUAUCUCACCCCUUCUCCCCCCCUAGGUUGUGGAGACUCGCUGUAAGAAGGUGUGUACCUCUAAGUCAGACCUUCGCUCCAAUGAUUUCAGCAUUGUGGGGUCUCUUCCUCGAGACUUUGAGCUCUCUAAUUUUGACUGUUAUGGUAAACCUGUAGAGGUUUCAGGGGCGCUCAAGUCCCAAAACAAAGCCAACAAGAAGCCCCCACCUCCCAAACCCGUCAUACCUGCUGCUGCCAAACGCAUCGACCUAUACGCACGGGCCCUGUUCCCCUUUUCCUUCCUGUUCUUCAAUGUGGUCUACUGGUCUGUCUACCUGUGA